AUGCCACAUCAUCACCACCCCUGCCUAUUAUAUCCCCAUUGGAUCCCUCCCCAUUCUUCAUAUCUAUUCCCCCGCCCCCACACACCCCACUACAAUUACAGGGAUAAUAAAGAAAGCAAACACAUGGAAGGGCUAAUUCCGUUUGUGUAUAGGGCCAUCAUGCAACCAAAGAACGAUGACGCCCCUUCUUCAUAUGUCCGGCUUCCUACUGGUGAUUCUGGUCGGUUCCAGUCCUCCCAUAUCAAUGUUUUCCGGUCAGACCACGGGCGGAGCUCAGCCUCACCCUUGCCUUCCUCCACCACCCAUCGUCCGAAUAUUGGAUCAUCAAUGUUGGAGUUCAGCCAUCAAGCAGUCAUGUGA